AUGGAGGACAGUUUGCGGAUAAACCAACUCUUUGCUGUCCAGGGCCGCUGGGUAGCAAUCACGGGAGCAGCCAGUGGUAUUGGUCGCAUGCUUGCUCGAGGUUGCACAAUGAACGGUGCAAAUACUGUUCUCAUAGACGUCAAUGAAGAUGCUUUGGCCGAGGUAAAAGCCCAGAUUCAUGGUGAUCUCUCAAGUGAAGACGGGAUUGCAAAGGUUGUAGAAGCUAUCAAAGCCUCCCAUGACUCGCUAGAUUGUCUUAUUCAUUGCGCGGGAAUACGUUACAUGAAUGAAAUCACCUAUACUCCUGGCGAAUCUUUAAACAAGCUUGAGGCUGCAACGCUCUCUGCACCGUAUGCAGGCUGGGAGAAAGUUUUGCGGGUCAACGUCCUUGCUCCAUACUAUUUGACAGCUGGUUUGAUAAACCUGCUCGGAGCUGCCGCUGCAAAAGGCGAAGGAAAGGGCAGCGUGAUCAUGUUCAGCAGCCCGGCUAGUGUCCACAAUCACCAAUUUGUGCCCACAUACCAGACAUCCAAGGCAGCUGUAGAUCAUCUGGUUAGGAUCAUGGCCGCCGAGUUUGCAGAUUUCUACAUUCGUGUCAAUGCUAUCUCACCUGGGAUUGUCCCCUCUGGGAUGACCACAACAGAUGCUAAUUCUAAUCUGCACCUUGCUGCAGAAGCCCCCGCUGGAAGAGCUGGCAACGAAGAGGAUAUGGUGGGAACUGCUCUUUGGUUGAUGAGCAAAGCCGGUUCUUUUAUGGAUGGGAAGGUGAUUCGUGCCGAAGGUGGUCGCUUAUUAAUUCUCAAAGGAGUCACUUCUAACUCGGAUUGA